CCCGCUCCCGUGGGGCAGCCGGCACCGGGAGCCUUCCUGAAGGCGGUGGUGGAGGCGCUGGGCCUGGCCCCGGCCGUGCUGGUCAGCCCGUCGCUCAGCGGCAUGUACUCGCUGCCCUUCCUCUUCCAGCACGGGCACCUGCUGAAGGCCUACGUGCCCGUGGCGCCCAUCUGCACGGAGAAGUUUGAGGCGGAGCGGUACGCCGGUGUCCAGACACCCACCCUGAUUGUCUAUGGGGACCAGGACGUCGAGCUGGGCCAGGUCAGCCUCAGCAACCUGCGACACUUGGCCCGCCACCAGGUGCUGGUGCUGCAGGGCGCCGGGCACGCCUGCUACCUGGACAAGCCCGAGGAGUGGCACCGUGGGCUGCUGGCCUUCCUGCAGCAGUUGGAGUGAGUGGGAUGGGGAUGGCCAUCCUUGGCACCACCGCUUCGUCGGGACCAAAUAAAACCCUGAGAUGUGCUGCC